AUGAGCGGCAGGCUCGUCGCGGGCCGCCUUUCUACUAUCGCACGCCGCUCACCGCUGCUCACACCACGCUUCUAUACGACACAUUCGCUCCCCGCUGGUGGGCUCCUCCGUAAUGAAGCUGGUCUACGACUGGUAAAGCGACGACCAUGGCCGCUCGGUAGCUACGCGCUGCACAACAUCCCCGCCACAAGAUCCAUUUCUUUUGCGAGGGUAAUACCAAAGCUGGUGGGCAAGUUCGCGACCGUGGGUGCGGCGGCUGGAGGGGCUGUUGUCGCAGGUGUUUCCUAUAUCCAGUACCAAGCUGGCCAGGCGGGAACAUUCGCACUCGACCUCUUCCACCGAACCAAAGACGGCGCGACCGAAUUUGCUGGUGGCGCACUCAGCACGGCAAACGGCUUCUUCGACCAGCUGGAAAAGGGCUUCAAGUCGACCAGGGAUGAAUUCGAGGGCGUAAAAUAUCCAGAAUGGCUGCAGAAGCUACUCGCUAAGGACGAGUCUGGCGGUGCAGGUGGCAACAAUGGCGGUGGUAGAGGCCCGGAAGAACCCAAGCAGGGUGGUGCUGGAACUGCUGCAGCCGGUGCAUCAACAGCAGCAGCGUUUGGCUAUGCCCAGGAAGAUGAUGAGGACAGGCCACAGGCGGAGAAGAUUGCAAGGGAUGAGCAGAUGAUGAUGCUCACCAAGAAGAUGAUCGAGAUUCGCGGGCUUUUACAGACUGUUGGACAAUCCGAUUCGCUCACGUUGCCGUCUAUCGUCGUUAUCGGAUCGCAAUCGUCUGGAAAGAGUUCGGUCUUGGAAGCCAUUGUAGGCCACGAGUUUCUGCCAAAGGGACACAACAUGGUCACACGACGACCUAUCGAACUCACACUCGUCAAUACACCAGAGGCGCACGCAGAGUACUGCGAAUUCCCUGCUCUUGGUUUGGGAAAGGUCACAGAUUUCAGCCAGGUACAAAAGACGCUGACAGAUCUGAACCUGGCCGUGCCGGCAAGCGACUGUGUGUCCGACGAUCCUAUCCAAUUGAGAAUCUACUCUCCAAAUGUUCCUGAUCUAUCCUUGAUCGAUCUGCCCGGUUACAUCCAAGUCGUUGGUCGAGACCAGCCCCCACAACUAAAGGAGAAGAUCUCGCAGCUUUGCGAGAAAUACAUCAAGGCACCCAAUGUCAUUCUCGCCAUCUCGGCAGCUGACGUAGAUUUGGCCAACAGCACCGCGCUGCGAGCGUCCCGAAGAAUGGACCCCCGUGGCGAGAGGACUAUUGGCGUCAUUACAAAGAUGGAUCUUGUAGAUGCUGAACGUGGUGCUAGCCUGCUCAGCGAUCAAAAGUAUGCUCUGCGUCUGGGAUACGUCGGUGUUGUUUGCCGGGUACCAGCCGGCGCUGGUGGCUCCAAGCUCUUCAGCCGCGGCAACGGCAACAUCACGAACGCGAUCACGAAGAAUGAGAAGGCGUACUUUGGCUCACAUCCCGAAUUUUCCGAAGGAUCAGAGCUCGCCGUUGGCACACAGAACCUCAAGAAGAAGCUCAUGCAUGUGCUCGAGCAGACAAUGGCCGGCAGCCUUAAGACAACAAGCGAGGCUAUUCAAAGGGAGCUCGAAGACGCACGAUAUGAAUUCAAAGUUCAGUACAACGAGCGACCUAUCAGCGCAGAGUCGUACCUAGCAGAGUCGUUAGAUGCUUUCAAGCACUCCUUCCGUGGCUUUACAGAGCAAUUUGGUCGUCAGCAAGUCCGGGAUCUCCUCAAGCAUGAGCUUGACCAGCAAGUACUUAACCUGCUUGCACAGCGCUACUGGAACAGACCUUUCGAUGAUCUCAGCGUUCCGUUCCCUGAGACCGAUCCUCUCACGAAUCUUGCCAAAGCUGAUAUCGAUGGAGAAGAUCAAAUAUGGCAGAUCAAGCUCGAUAGCUCCAGCGCCGCGCUUACGAAGGCUGGUGUUGGACGUCUGGCCACCAAUGUUGUCGCAAGUGCACUUCAGGCACACAUUGACCGCCUUAUCACAAACUCUCGCUUCGCCGCUCAUCCAUUCGCCCGACAGGCCAUCACUGACGCUUCAACCUCAAUUCUUAAAGAUCUUUCCUAUGACAUCUCUGACGAGCUGGAGAUCUGCAUCAAGCCCUACAAGUAUCGCAUCGAAGUUGAGGACAACGAGUGGGCAAAGGGCCGGGAGAAUGUCACAGCUGUGCUCAAGGAUGAGCUAAAGACUGUCGAAGCCGCCGUCAAGCAGCUUGAAGAACAGGUCGGUGGCCGUAAGAGGGUCAGGGAUGUAAUGUCAUUCAUCGACCGCGUACGAAGCGGACAAGUUGUUCUGGAAGGCGAUGGAGUCGGUGGUGCUGGUGGUUUUAGCUCUGCACUUCUUGCUAAGGGCCGAGAAGCAGUCUUCCUCCGCGACCGUAUCGAUGUGCUCAAACUACGCCUUAUGGCCAUCAAGAGCAAGCAAUGCGCCACCAAGAAGAACAAAUAUCACUGCCCAGAAGUCUUCCUCGACGCUGUCGCAGAUAAGCUCACCACAACUGCUGAUCUUUUCCUUGACGCUGAGCUACUCAGCAAGUUCUACUACAUUUUCCCACGUGAACUCGAUGCCCGUCUAGGCCGCGGCCUAUCCCAAGAAGAAAUCGACCGCUUCGCCAAAGAAGAUCCCAAGAUCAAACGCCACCUAGACGUCGUGCGUCGCAAGGAUCUUCUCGAACAUGUGCUCAAGGAGAUGGAAGGUCUUCGUCAACUCGAGCAAAGAGAGAAGCGCAUGAUGGGACGUGGUCGGGAUGAUAGAGACGAACGGAGAAAGAAGGGCUGGAGUAUGUUUUAG